AGAGAGGAGGCGGAGUAGCACGCUGUUGGUGGUUUCCAUAGCCUGUAGUUGGGUAUUCUUUUAUUGCAAGUAAGCAGACGGUUGACAAAGUUUUAGUCUAAAGCGAUGAAUGGUUUAGACGACGGACCAAUGGCACCGCAGACGUUUCUUUACGGGUGUGUGCUGGAAGCUGGAAAGGAGGUGGUGUUCAAUCCCGAGGAUAAUGAAUUUGAGCAUCAGUUAGAUCUAAGGAUGGCCUGUGUGGAUCCCAGCACAAAAGAUGAACUUCAGAUGGUGGAAGUGGAAGGACAAGACACAGAGGGUCAGAAAAUCAAGGCAGCGCUGGUUACACUCAAGCCUUCGACCCUGCCAAGUGUCUGUCUUGGUGGUUUCACAAUCACACCCCCAGCAGUGUUCCGUCUGAAGGCCGGCUCUGGCCCGAUCCAUAUUAGUGGACAACACCUUGUCAUGAUGGAACCAGAUGAGAGCUUUGAUGAAGAGGAUGAUGAAGAGGUGGAGGAGGAGGAGGAGGAGGAGAAAGACAUCAAAACAUCAAAGAAAAGACCUGCUUCCUCUCCUGCCCUCAAGUCUCAGAGGUGGAUGGACGACGACGAGGAGGAGGAGGAGGAUGAGGAUGACAUUGAGGAUGAAGAAGAUGAAGAUGAGGAUGAGGAGAGUGAGGAGGAAGAAUCACCUGUGAAGGCCAAACCCACACCGUCCAAACGACAAGCUCAGAAUGGCAAGAGUCCUAAACCCAGCACUCCAGCCGCCAAACAGGACAAGACCCCUAAAGCAAAGGAUAUAAAGUCCCCUAAAACCCCAACUGCUGCUAAGGGAAACUUAACCCUUCCUGAGAUUAAAGCUAGGCUGAUGGAGGCUGUGAAGAAGGGAGUGACGUUACCAAAGCACCAGCCCAAGUUUGAGAACUUUGUGAAGCACAGUUAUAAGGUCUCAGAUGCCAAGAUUGUGGCAGAACUGUGGAAGUGGAGACAGACGGUGGCUGAUGCUAAAUAAGUCUAAACAACAGUUUUAUUCUCAUUUUAUGAGUGGUGUGUGUGUGUAUAUUGGCACAUCACCCUCAGACCCUUUGAAGCCCAACUCCGUGCCUCACACUGAUUCAUUCCAAAUCAAGUCCAGCUUGAGGGGGGGGGCAAUUUCUAAAUUAGUAUCUUAAUAAAUGUGUAAAUAAAAUUCUCGCUAGAUUGUUGGCACAAGAGUAUGGAAGAUAUCUUCCUGCUUUAUUAAAAUACAUAUGAGAUAAAGGUUUGUUUAGCCUCAUACAGGAGCUAUAAAAAUAUAUUUGUCAAACUUGCAUUUCAAAUCCAUUUUCAGCACCCAGUACGUCAGCUAAUGUUGGCCAUUGAUAUGUUGUAAAGUAGAAUUGGUGGUUGACAGCAGCACUGAUGAUCACUGUUAAUUUGUCUACUAUGAACAACCAACCAAACCCUCUACAUCUUUAUCACAGUAUACCUAUGUAUAUGUAGGAAGAUGGGCCUGUUGAGCUUCCUUAUGUUGCCUUUAAUACUGAUAUCCAAUAAGUAAAAGGCCAAAUAUAAAGUGGCUGAAUGAAGGAUUUAGGUUUUAUCUGGUUAACGUUUUUUUUAACUUUACAAAACAGAUUUUGCGAACUUGGGAGAAUUUCUGGAAAGGCUGGCUGUUGUGACAUUUUGAGAAACAGCCACCUCAAGAGUUUUAAAGAAGCCAUUAAUUCUCAGGUUAUUUGAACAGCUGGUUAUACUAAAAUUGCAGGUAGGGGAUGAGGCCUGUUAAAGCAGAUUAUGGUGUUCCCAUGAACAGGUGCACAUUUGUAUGGUUAAAUAUGCUGUGGGUUUGGAUGGACUAUCCAAAAAUUGAUCAAUAACUACAUGUAGGCCUGGCAACUAUGCUGGUUCACUCCAAAGAUGACUGCUGUGUAACCCAUUUUGAAGAUAAAUGCAGUUUUUGUCA